CAGGAGGAGAGGCCUGUGACUCUGCAUGGGGGAGACAAAGUCAGAGGGAGAGGGGGAGAGAGGUCGGUGGAGGACUGCACACAGGAUCGGCAGGCCAGGAGCCCACGGGCCUUCGCAGCAGGGAGUUAUAGCGUGCCUCACUUUUGGGAUUAUACUGUGAGAGGACUCAUUUCACGUGGAGUGGGAGUUAAUCUCAGGUGGAAGCACCAGGAUGGCGUCCAACGCAGAUGCGGCCAAGCCGGUCAUCAUGAAUGAAGAGGAGCUGAAGCGGAAGCAGAGGGAGAAGCUGAAGAAGCUGCAGGCCACGGGGGGCAACCCUCGACCGGCGAGAACCCUCUUCCUCUUCGGACUCAAGAAUCCCUUCCGCAAGGCCUGCAUUAACAUCGUAGAGUGGAAAACCUUUGAGAUCAUCAUCUUAUUGACCAUCUUUGCAAACUGUGUGGCUCUGGCUGUGUUCCUGCCCAUGCCUGAAGAAGAUAGUAAUAACACCAACGAAAACUUGGAGAGUUUGGAGUAUAUCUUCCUGAUCAUCUUCACGUUAGAGUGCUUUCUGAAGAUAGUGGCGUAUGGGCUCUUCUUCCAUGAAGGCGCCUAUUUACGGAACUGUUGGAACAUAUUGGACUUUGUCAUCGUCUUCAUGGGACUCUUCACCUUUGCUUUGGAUACGAUCCAUUUGAUAGCAGACAUGCCAGUGGAGAAGGGUGGGGGGUUUGACAUGAAGGCACUGAGAGCCUUCAGAGUGCUGCGACCCCUGCGCCUCGUCUCUGGAGUCCCCAGCCUGCAGGUGGUGAUGAACUCCAUCCUCAAGGCCAUGCUGCCUCUGCUGCACAUCGCCCUGCUCGUCUUUUUACUGGUCACCAUCUAUGCCAUCAUGGGACUGGAGCUCUUCAAGUGCAAAAUGCAUAAGACCUGUUACUACACUGGCACAAAUAUCUAUGCUACAGCAGAGGCUGAGCUGCCUGCUCCCUGCGCUCAGGCCGGUAACGGACGCCGUUGCCUCAUCAACGGCACGGAGUGUCGGCCAGGCUGGGAAGGUCCCAACAAUGGCAUCACCCACUUUGACAACAUUGGUUUUGCCAUGUUGACUGUCUACCAGUGUAUCACCAUGGAGGGAUGGACCAAAGUGCUCUACUGGGUCAAUGAUGCCAUAGGAUACGAAUGGCCCUGGGUCUACUUUGUUCCCCUCAUCCUGAUUGGUUCCUUCUUCGUGCUAAACCUGGUUCUGGGUGUGCUCAGCGGAGAGUUUACCAAAGAGAGAGAAAAGGCAAGGUCACGUGGAGAGUUUCAGAAGUUGCGAGAGCGUCAGCAGCUGGAUGAAGACCUGCAUGGCUACAUGGAGUGGAUCACUCAUGCUGAAGUCCUGGAUGCCGAUCGCGAGGGCAAAGGUCUGCUGCCUUUGACCAACGGGGACUCUGACGCAGACAGCCUGUAUGACCUGGAGGGCAAGAGUCGAGUCAUCUACUAUUACCGCUUGGCCCGUCGCUGGAAUCGCUUCUUCAGGAUGAAGUGCCUGGUGUAUGUGAAAACCAGGAGCUUUUACUGGUUGGUGAUGUUCCUCGUUUUACUCAACACCCUGACCAUAGCGACCGAGUACCACCACCAGUCUGACAAGCUCACUUCCCUACAAGAUGUUGCCAGUCGUGUGCUGCUGGUGCUGUUUGUCAUCGAGAUGUUUGUGAAGAUGUAUGCUCUGGGUCCUAGAGCCUAUUUCAUGUCUCUCUUUAACCGCUUUGACUUCUUCGUGGUGCUGUGCGGUAUCCUGGAGAUGAUCAUGAUGUCUGUAGGAUCCGUGGCCCCUCUGGGUUUCUCGGUGCUCAGGUGUAUUCGGCUGCUGAGGAUCCUCAAAGUCACAAAGUACUGGACCUCUCUGAGUAAUCUUGUGGCCUCCCUCCUCAACUCUGUCCGCUCCAUUGCCUCCCUGCUCCUCCUCCUCUUCCUCUUCAUCGUCAUCUUCUCGCUCCUCGGUAUGCAGGUGUUUGGGGGGAAAUUCAACUUUCCCUACCACAGACCCAGUCGCAGUAACUUUGACAAUUUCCCUCAGGCCCUCAUCAGUGUGUUCCAGAUCCUCACAGGAGAGGAGUGGACCACCAUCAUGUAUAACGGCAUCAUGGCCUAUGGAGGGCCUGUCAUCCCUGGCAUCCUGGUCGCCAUCUACUUCAUCGUCCUCUUUGUCUGUGGAAACUAUAUCCUCCUCAAUGUCUUCUUGGCCAUCGCCGUCGACAACCUGGCUGAGGCUGAGAGUCUGACUUCGGCGCAGAAAGAAAAGGCAGAGGAGAAGUUGAAGAGGAGGUUACUAAGGUCCAAAAUGCCUGACAAGACUGAUGAGGAGAGGGAGCGGAUUGCUAAGAAACUGGCAGAGCAGAGAGCCAAGAUGGAGGGCAUGCCCACCACAGCCAAGCUCAAAAUUGAUGAAUUUGAGUCCAACGUCAAUGAAGUGAAAGACCCAUUCCCACCUGCCGACUUCCCAGGUGAUGACGAGGAGGAAGAGCCCGAAAUCCCCAUCAGCCCUCGGCCCCGACCGAUGGCGGACCUGCAGCUGAAGGAAGAAGCGGUUCCAUUGCCUGAAGCCAGCUCCUUCUUCAUCUUUGGCCCUCAGAACAAGUUCCGAAAGUUGUGCUACAAGAUCAUCAACGCCUCGUCCUUCACCAACUUGAUCCUCCUGUUCAUCCUGCUGUCCUCCAUCUCCCUGGCAGCGGAGGACCCCAUCGAUCCCAAGUCCUACAGAAACAAGGUGAUGGUCAGAUCCAGCAUGACACAACAGACAGUAACUUUUGAGAGAAGGCCACGUUUGAUAACAAUCCUGCUGUCUGUGUUUUUCUUCCAGAUCUUGGCCUAUGCUGACAUCGUCUUCACAACCGUGUUCACCAUUGAGAUUGUGCUCAAGAUGACAGUGUACGGAGCGUUCAUGCACACAGGCUCUUUCUGCCGUAACUCCUUCAACAUCCUGGAUCUGCUUGUGGUGUCUGUCUCCCUGCUGUCUAUGGGAAUGGAAUCCAGUGCCAUCUCUGUGGUGAAGAUUCUCAGGGUGUUGAGGGUGCUCAGGCCUCUCAGGGCCAUCAACCGAGCUAAAGGCUUAAAGCAUGUUGUCCAGUGUGUGUUUGUCGCCAUCAAAACCAUCGGAAACAUCGUCCUGGUCACCAUGCUGCUGAAUUUCAUGUUUGCCUGUAUCGGGGUACAACUCUUUAAGGGUAAAUUCUACAGCUGCACAGACCCAUCCAAAAUGACCGGGGAGGAAUGCCAGGGAUCCUUCUUGAAGCCCAUGGAGAAUUCCCUGCAAGACACAGUGCUGGCCGAGAGAGAGUGGCUCAACAGUGACUUCAACUUUGACAAUGUGCUCAACGGCAUGCUGGCUCUCUUCACUGUCUCCACAUUUGAGGGCUGGCCAAAACUGUUGUACAGAGCCAUCGAUUCAGACGCAGAGGACAUGGGUCCCAUCUUCAACAACCGCGUGGACGUGUCCAUCUACUUCAUCGUCUACAUCAUCCUCAUCGCCUUCUUCAUGAUGAACAUCUUCGUGGGCUUCGUCAUUGUCACCUUCCAGGAGCAGGGCGAGCAGGAGUAUAAGAACUGUGAGCUGGACAAGAACCAGCGUCAGUGUGUGCAGUACGCCCUGAAGGCUCGUCCUCUGAGGUGUUACAUCCCCAAAAACCCCUACCAGUACAGGGUCUGGUACAUCGUCACCUCCUGCUACUUUGAGUACCUCAUGUUCUUCCUAAUCAUGCUCAACACCUUGUGUCUGGGGAUGCAGCACUGUAACCAGUCCGACCAUGUGACCAAGCUGUCAGACAUGCUGAACUUGAUCUUCACCGUGCUCUUCACCGUCGAGAUGAUUCUCAAGCUCAUGGCCUUCAAAGCGAGAGGCUACUUCGGAGACCCCUGGAACGUCUUUGAUUUCAUUAUCGUCAUCGGUAGCGUCGUUGAUGUCAUCCUGAGUGAAGUCGAUACUGCCCUGGCCUCCAGUGGAGGACUGUACUGUCUCCAUGGCUGUGCUGAGACGAAUCCUAUGCAAGUAAUUGCGGCUUCAGAAAACGCUUCAGUUUCCAUCACGUUCUUCCGACUCUUCCGUGUCAUGCGUCUGGUCAAGCUGCUGAACCGCUCGGAGGGCAUCCGUAACCUGCUCUGGACUUUCAUCAAGUCCUUCCAGGCUCUCCCUCACGUAGCUCUGCUCAUCAUCAUGCUCUUCUUUAUCUACGCUGUCAUCGGGAUGCAGAUCUUCGGAAAGGUCGCCUUAGUGGACGGCACCCAGGUCAACCGCAACAACAACUUCCAGACAUUCCCUCAGGCUGUUCUGAUGUUAUUCCGAUGUGCAACUGGAGAGGCUUGGCAGGACGUCAUGAUGGCUUCGAUGUACGGGAAGAAGUGUGACCCUAAGUCUGACUUCCUGCCAGGAGAGGAGUUCACCUGCGGGUCCAACUUCGCUGUCUUCUACUUCCUUAGCUUCUACUGUCUCUGUGCAUUCUUGAUCCUCAACCUGUUUGUCGCUGUCAUCAUGGAUAACUUUGACUACCUGACCCGUGAUUGGUCCCUGCUCGGUCCUCAUCAUCUGGAUGAGUUUAAGAAGAUCUGGGCUGAAUACGACCCUGAAGCAACUGGGAGAAUUAAACAUCUGGAUGUGGUGACGCUGCUGCGACGCAUCCAGCCUCCACUGGGCUUUGGCAAGUUCUGUCCUCAUCGAGCUGCGUGCAAGCGUUUGGUUGGUAUGAACAUGCCUCUCAACAGUGACGGCACGGUCACCUUCAACGCCACCCUGUUUGCUCUGGUCAGAACUGCUCUCAAGAUCAAAACUGAAGGUAAUUUCGAGCAGGCCAAUGAGGAGCUGCGGGCCAUUAUAAAGAAAAUCUGGAAACGCACCAGUAUGAAACUCUUAGACCAGGUCAUCCCCCCGAUAGGAGAUGAUGAGGUGACUGUGGGGAAAUUCUACGCCACCUUCCUGCUCCAGGACUGUUUACGCAAAUUCUUGAAGCGGCAGGAGGAGUAUUACGGCUACAGGCCCACGAAGAAGAACGCCUCAGGCCCAGAGAUCCAGGCGGGGCUGAGGAGUAUCGAUGAAGAGACAGCUCCAGAGAUGCACAGGACCAUUUCAGGAGACCUGCAGAAUGAGGAAGAGUUGGACAGAGCCAUGGAGGAGGCUGGAGAAGAGGGAAUUUACCAGCGCACACACGGUCUGUUCGGUAACCGGGUGGACUCAUUCUCCUCUGAACCCACCAACGCUCAGUCCCCACAGAUGACCAGUCAGCGGCCUCUCAAGUUCUCCGACAGCCAACCUGAGCCUUCACCAGACUUCCCCACUACCGAAUUUUUCCCCUCAGCCACGAGGAACAACACUAACAACAACGCCUUCGCAGAUUUUUCAUUUGAAAGAGAGGGCAGCCCCGUAGAGUUUUCCAAUCCCAGUGAGGACGCAGAGCCAGGUAACAGGCGCUCCUGGAGCAUCCCUGUGAGAACAGACAGAACACAGGUCCCGUAUGACCCGAACUAUGGUGACAAUCAGAGUCAGAGCUCCCACACUGCAGCCGACCAGCUCGUCCACGAGGCUCUAGUGAAGGGCGGUCUCGCCUCCCUGGCUAGAGACGGUGACUUUGUGUCUGCCUCUAAGCAGGAGAUGGCUGAUGCCAUGCGUAUCCCCAUGGCCGAGAUGGAAGGAAUGGCUCGGGGCAUCCUGAACGAACGCUCCGGCAGUAUGACCUCUGUCAAAAAGAGACGCGCCGUCCCCGAACCUCCUUCUGGCCCAUCUGUGGCCAAACAGGCAACAAGGCAGCCAGACCCCGCUGUGAGGAGGAAGAGACGUCCCAUCCCCCUGGUUCCCUCUGUACCUGAGCAGGCAGAGGCCGACUCUGAAGUUUAGAGGCUGUCACUCGAGUUCUACGUGGUCAUCAUGUGGUUUUUACUCUUGCAGGUGGCUCCACCUUACCUCACUUUACCAAGCUUGACGUCCAUGUGACAAUCUGUAUCUACCAACCUGACUCAAGGCCUAAAAAAAGGCUCAGGUUUGACAUACUGUCAAGUGGGGCUUUAACUUAACUAAGUUAAGGAGAAACAAUAUCUGAUUAUGAAGCAUCUUCUUAAACCUCAGAUUUAUUGAAACCAAUAAAAACACUAACUUAUCUCAGAGCAAACAGAUUGACGCUCUCCUUUCUUUGUAGCGUUUUGUUGAGGUUAUCCAUUCCACAGACUUAUAAGACGGCCAUGUGAGUGAGCUGAGUGUCUGAAGCCUCGGAGAGAGAGAGAGAGAGAGAGGUAGGACACUGUCAGUUGACUUGAAUGUCUGAAGUGACUCGGUGAAUGUGUGGAGCAGACACCGUGUUUAUCGUGCUGAAGUCCAGUGAGGACGCUGGGAAAAGACUCCACUGAGUUUCUGUGCAUCCAGGUCCGGAAAAGUUCAACUGAGUUUUCAGUUCACACUCUUUAUUUAAGGGCUCUGGUGCAAAACAUUUAAAAGUUUGUGAAGUAGUGUCCUCUGAUUCAUUAGGACCUGCUGACUUUUAGUCUUUUAUGAAUUUUUAAUCACAAAGUUUUCUCCUGCUCGCAACUGGUUUUGUACACAGUUGAUUUUAGCAGAUUUUAAUGAGGAACCUUUGGAACUUUUUUAUUUUAUUUGGGGGACAUAGACGUACAUGUCAUCUUUAUAAAUAAUCACCUUAAGUUUUUUCAAUUGUUUUUCAUUUACGUAAAUGUCAUACCUGUGGGUUGGGGGCAGUUAGUUUGACCUGUACAGAGAAUGUAUCGUCAGCAUACCUGGAGUAUGGUGGAAUUAGCUUGAAAGCUCAUGGACGCUUGUUAAUUCGUUUUCAAAAUUGCAUUGGGCAUAAUUUGUUGCACUUGUUACGUGUUUUGUGCCUAAACGCAAACAGGACAGGCCUCUCAGAGUUUUUUUUUUUCUUGUUUACAUUAUCCUCUGAUCAGCCUGUUUCGCUGUCGUACAUGACAUCAUGUUUCGAUGUUUCGGAGAUACCCACAGUUUGAGUCAACGUUUCAGCUCAACGUCUGACCUCAACUGUCCUUCACUUCUGGAUCUGUGCCACUAUGGUUGAUGUCACACUAGUGUUUCCACCAUUGGAAAAAAAAAAGAAGAAAUAAAUCAUCUAAAAACGUA